AUGUCGAAUAUAGAUAAAGAGUACCCACUUGUUCUACAAUUGAUUCUUGCACAGCUAGUCAUUGAGCAAGGAACGGACGCGUUUAGGUCGAUUGCAGAAUCUUUAGAGCGACACCCAAUGUUACAAAAUAUUCCUGAACGGAAGAUGACAGCCACUAAAUGUCGAUCACUAUAUUUAGAAAUGAUUAAGAAGGAAGGCCUUGAGUUAAAUUCAGGAGAUACUGGAGUGAACAGUUCUAGGGACAGCGAAGGCAGCAGCAUAAAUAAAGAAUCUGGAGUUUCUCAUUCUCCUUCCCCGUCUCUAUCAUCGUCAUCAACAACACCAUCAUCAUCCUCGGCAGCAGCAACAGCAACAGCAACAGCAACAGCUACAGCCAAAAAGAAAAAGAUGGUUACACCGGAAUUGCGAUUAGCACAGAUUCUUUACAUGUCAUACACCGAAGAGUUGAUUCAAGAUAUGCAUCAAGACGAGACGGAGUUUGUUACGACGUACCGUGAGCUAGAGGAUUUACAAAGACAAGCAGAAGCUUUGAAGGGAACUGAAUGA